CACCACGCACCUGGACAGCUCACAGUGUUCCUGCGUCUACGCCACGAGGCGCCACGUGAGCGUUCCCAUAGGUCUGGUCUGUCAGACAUCACGGCAGCAUGUUUAGAAACAUCCGGGAUAGGGGUCCGAGAUGCUGGGAACUCGUGUUGUUGGAGGUUCAGCUCUUUGCGCGGCUAGGUAUAAGAUGAUGAACACUUUAUGGUUGUUGCGCAUUGUGUCGCAGUCAUUUUAGUUUUUCAGUCAGGAUGGUCGCUCUUUAUGCCUUUAGGGCUCUUCUUGCUUUCGCUACAGUGUCCUCAACGGUCGCUCAGCAGCUCACCGGCACUUAUGACUAUGUGAUUGUUGGGGGAGGCCCGGCUGGAUUUGUCCUGGCGGAAAAGCUCUCGCAGAAUCCAAGCAAGCGCGUUGUCCUGCUUGAAGCUGGGCCAGAUGGGAUCAACAACUCACUGGUCAACACUCCUGCAUAUUAUCCGCUACUCACAGAGUACAAAUGGAACUACACAUCACAGCCAGAUCCGAACCUCGGAGGAAACGCCCCAGACCUCAAGCAAGGACGCGCCUUUGGCGGCGGCAGUGCCGUUAACGGAAUGGCAUACUGCCGCGGCGCCCGCUCAGUUUUCAACGAGUGGGCAACUAUCUCAGGAAACCCCGGCCUUGCGUGGAACUCUCUUCUUGAGGACUUCAAAGCGACUAGCCACUACGAGUUCCAACCGGCCGACUACGAGCAGUACGUGAAUUUGAGUGCCUCUGGCAAUGGGCCGCUGGAAGUUAGUCGCACUAGUGCCUAUACUGGCUUCGACGUCCCGUUUAUCAGCACACUGAAAGCGGGGCUCGGUGUGGAGGAAGUCGACAUGCUAGACGGGACGGGGAUCGGACUUGACUUGGGCAUUGCGGCGAUCAACGCCGGGGAGAGAACGCGAUCGUACGCUCGCAACGCGUUUGGCUCGCUCAUAGAGACGAGGAGAAACGCGCAGAUGAUCCCCAACGCUUGGGUCACAAAGGUCGGAUUCAGGGGAAAGAAGGCUACCAGUGUGUCUUAUGUCAACACGCUGAACGGGAAGAAGACCACCCUCGCGGCGAAGGAAGUCAUUGUCACAGCUGGCGCAGUGAACACGCCACAGCUGCUAAUGCUGUCAGGCGUGGGCCCAAAGAGCAAGCUGACCGAGCUCGGCAUCCCCGUCGUCGCAGACAUUCCCGCAGUGGGCACGAAUCUUUACGACCACCCCGUCGCCGUCGUGAUGCUCGAAGUCACGCCCGAAGUCAAGACCGUUUGGCAAUGGGCUUUCAACGAAACCGAGAAAGUCAUCGCAGAGCAGCAGUACGCGGCCAACCGAUCUGGUCCCCUCGGCUGGAACAACGGCUUCGUAUACGCCGCCACCCGCGUUCCUGACGCCGUCUUCGCCGGCGUAAACGCCACGCACUACACCUCGCUCCCCGCGGACCGGCCUCACAUCAUCUGGGAAUACACCACCGUGCCCUUCAAGCAAGUCACCAACACCAGCCUGGUCACCGCCUGGGUCAGUCUCGUGCAAGCCGAAGACCCAGGCUAUGUCACCAUCCCCUCAAAGGACUACAAGGACGACCCGCUCAUCUUCUCCAACUACUACGGCUCGCCCGCGGACAAGAAGGCCAUUAUCUGGGCGUACAAGAAGAUGCGCGAGAUGAUGGCAUCGGAGGAGAUGCAGUCUGUAGUUGUCCAGGAGGCGUAUCCGGGCAGCAAUGUGCCGAACACGGAUGAGGAGGUGUGGAAGGCGAUUCAGAAUGCGUCGUUUUCGUUUCAUCAUCCGCUGGGAACGGCCGCGCUGGGGAAGGUGUUGGAUAGUGAUUGGCGAGUUAAGGGGCUGCAGGGGAUUCGCGUGGUGGGUGCUGCGGCGUUUCCUGGUCCGCCUUCGUGCCAUCCGAUGGCGGAUGUGUAUGCGAUUGCGCAUAGAGCUGCGAGGGAUAUACAGGCUGCUGACCAUUAG